AUGUCGGGGGAGGGGGAGGAGGACGAGGCGGCGGAGAUCGAGCUGCAGCUGGAGCAGCACCUGGAGGAGCAGCGGUCCUCCCUCGCCGCCGUCGACGAGGCCCUCGCCGCCGACGCCACCAACGCGGACCUCCUCGAGGUGCAUGGGGAACUUCUGUCUGCGAUUAAGGAUGCAGAGGAAGGGCUUCUGCAUUUGAAGCGUUCUAGGCUGGUGAAGCAAAUCGAUGAGAUCUUUCCAAAUCAGGAGUCAGCAUCGCUAUCAACUGAAGCUGCUAUUGAGCCAUUAGAUCCAAAUGAUGUUGAGCCAGAACCAUUGGAGCCACAGGAAUUUUCAGUAGGAUCAAAGUGUAGAUUCAGGCACAAUGAUGGGCGUUGGUAUAAUGGAUGCAUUCUAGGGCUUGAAGGUUCAGGCAAUGCACGGGUCUCAUUUCUGACACCCACAUCAGAAAAAAUGUCGCCUUGUUACCUGGUAACCACCAGAGUUAACCCCUUACAUGCUGAUAUGGUUGGUAUUGGUAACUAUGUGGCAGUGGCUCACCAGCCAGUAGGAAAUUACUUGGUCACUUUGUAUAAUACCCAGAACAAAGAUCAUUAUUCUUACCAGACUUCUAAUAUAAGUCUGCCCAUAGUGCAGAUGUGCAAGUUCUUUCUGCAGCAACGGUGUCGGUUUGCUAAUAACUGCCGCUUGUCCCAUGGUGUUGUGAUUCCUACUUCAUCCUUGAAACAGUUCACUCCAACUGCGUGGCGACAGUCCUUGGCAGGAUCCAGCAUACUGGCAGCUUCUGGGCACCACUCUGGCCUUUGGAGGAGAGCUGAACUCGAGUCGUGGGAUGAUGAGUUGAAGCGUGGUCAGGUGGUCUUUCAAGAUGAUGGGAGCACUGCAACGCUUCCGGGCGAUUCCCUUUCUAUCCCAGAAUAUGUUGAUGUGAGCGGCGAAGAUGAUGAAAGAGGCUCAAGCGAGGAUGAAUCCGAGUUAAGUGAAGAUGGCGAUCAAGAGGAUGAAUCCAUCCAUCAGGGUCUUGGCCGUUUGGAAACCACAAAUUUAACUGGUGUUCAGUCGGAGACCGUGAUCUUUGCGAAAUGGGAACAGCACACCAGAGGCGUUGCCUCCAAAAUGAUGGCAAAGAUGGGGUAUCGAGAGGGCAUGGGGCUAGGCGUGUCUGGCCAAGGCAUGCUCGAUCCAAUCCCAGUCAAAGUACUACCACCCAAGCAAUCACUCGACCACGCAGUCACCACAACCACGGGCGAGGACGGCAGAAGCAUACACCGCACGAAAGACAAGAAGCGCAGCCGGGGCGGGCAAAGGAAGCGCGACCGGAAGUUUGCGGAGCUGGCCAGGGCCGCCAAGGCCGAGGAGGCGGAGAGGUCCGUCUUCAGCUUCAUGAACAGCCAGCUGGUGAGCCAGGACGCGUCGGAAGGCUCCUCGGCCUCCAAAGCCAGGAAAGAGUCGCCAUCGGGUCAGGCCAACGGGCAUCCCAAGAAGGAAGACAACAGAAGGUCUCUGCUCGCGUACGACGACGAGGUGAAGGAGCUGAGGAGCCAGGUCGGGCGGCUGGAGGAGAUGGUGCAGCGCAACCGCAAGGACAAGGCAGUGCACGACGCGGCGUCGAGGAAGCUGGAGCAGACGCGGAAGGCGCUCGCCGACGCCGAGGCGACGCACGCCUCGGCCACCAACGCCGUCUCCAGGAAGGAGAAGGAGAAGAAGUGGUUGAAAUUCUGA